AUGAAAACAGGAAUUCUUGAAGUACUUCUUGUUAAUGCCAAAGGCAUUAGACAUACAAACAUUGUUGGAACACCUUCCUACUAUGUGAUUAUUGAGUGUGGGUCUCAAUCUGAAAGAAGCAAAAUUUCAUCAGGUAAAAAUGAGAAACCUUGUUGGAAUCAGAAAUUCAUAUUUGAUUUUUCAUCUUUAGAUUACAAGGUGAAUUCAACUUAUCUUAAAUGUAAAAUCAUGGACACUGAACUCUUCACAAAUGAUGGAUUUGUUGGAGAAGCCAAGGUAGACAUAGAUAGAAUAAUCACUGAAGGAAGUGACCAAGGAUAUAUAGAAAUAAAACCAGCUGCAUAUAAUGUGGUACUUGAAGAUGACACCUACAAAGGACAAAUAAAAAUUGGAUUUAAAUUUAUUGCAAAUGUAAGAAAGAGAAAUAUGUGA